AUGUUUCGACAGCGAGGACCAUCACCGGAUCGUCGAGAGGUGAACUACACGAGAGAGCAUGUGGCGAUAGCGAAGACGAUAAGGAGGAGGCGUAGAGUGGUGAGGUGGAUCAACAGGCAUCUGGGUGGGAUCAGGGCACUGCUCUUUGGUAUCGGGGUGGUAUGGAUUCUGGCCCUCCCACUUGAGGCAUUAUGGAGGGGCACCUAUGUCGACGAGCACGCCCUUCAGCCGAACCAAGUCAAUACAUAUUGGGACUGGUCCAACGUGCACAGGGCAGAUCGCUACCUUGACGAGCUGGAGCAGAUGGUCAAUUCGACUCAGGCAGAACGCUCCGACUAUCUACAACGGGCAUUCUCAGCAUCCGGACAUGAUGCAUCGAACACGUCCACCUCGACAUAUGCCCAUGUGCAACCGCCUAGAUCAAACGGUUUGGAAGUUAUCCUGGUUAGCGCCAAUUGGAUGUCCCGGGAGAGUAAGCCAAAUCUCCGGGGUGUGGCCAUACUGCUGGCUCUGGCAGACUUUCUCAGGGGCCAAAACUACUGGGCAAACGACCUCGUCCUCGUCGUUGGCGAGGGCUACCUCGACGGUCUCGAAGGAUUCAUGCAGGAAUACUAUGAUCGAUUCAAUGGGGUCAUCUGGACGGCAUUGAACGUCGACUACCCAGGUCAUUCGUUCGAGCACAUCGGGUUGUUCUACGAGGGACUAAAUGGGAGGUUGCCGAAUCAGGAUGUGAUCAACUCGGUCGCUCAGAUUGCGCGGUGGUCUGGCGGCGUCACGACGAGGAUGCACGACAUUGAAGAGCAAGGGUACAUUGGCGCGGCUCGACACCUCCUCAAUCACGCGGCAUACAGCGCCUUUGGACGGGCCAGUGGAGCGCACGGCGUCCUUGCCAAACACCGGAUCGACGCCAUCACCCUGUACUGUCCCAACGCAACAGGCCCACACGGGUUCUACACCCUGGGUAAGACGAUCGAAUCAACUCUGCGAUCAUUCAACAACCUCCUCGAGCGCCUUCACGCAUCCUACUUCUUUUACCUCAUCCCGAGGUCUGGCAAAUUCAUCCCUGUUGGCCACUACCUCCCGGCCGCGAUAUUGCUCGGAGCGAGUGUGACGCUGGGCGGUUUUGACUGUCCGGACCCAGUCCAGGGCUUAAUCUGGACCACCCCAGUGGUUGCUAUUACGAUACUAGGAUGGGUCGUGCAAUCCCCCCUGGUCACCUUUCUCGCCGUCGCCGCGCCCAAGCCUCAAGGCACCGCGCGACGAUCCUUCCUCUCCCUGUGUCACCUCUUCUUUGGGGCACUCAUACCCACCCUCGCGAUGGUCAACUUUCCUCAAGCCAUUGCACUGGCAUUCAUCACCUCGGGACACCUUGCACCGUGGCGAUGGGUCCGAUGGAUCAUGGUAGGCUUAAAUCCGGCUCUUCUCGGAUCAGAUUUGCGACGCGAAUGGGAGACCCUGGGCAACCUCACAUGGGUCGGGAUCAUGAGCGUGUGGGUACCUCUUGGUAUAGUCGCGGCAAUGUGA